AUGAGCGAAGCCACUUCCUCUACACCCACUCUUACGACGGCACUGACAGCCGUGGCAGCCACGGCCGGUGUGGCAAUUGUCUUGAGAGCCAUCAAGCGACACUUUUCUCCCACCAUAUCCUCGAAACUCCAGUGCAAAUGCGGCAAGAUUCAAGGCCACGUCCAUGCCAAAUAUGAAGAUUCGGCCCGGAUAUACUGCUACUGUCAAGAUUGUCGCGAUUAUGCCAACUAUAUUGCCUCCUUGGGAGGAAACAAGGAUGAAACGAUUGGCAAGGAAUUUGGGGACAAUCGGGUGGUUCAAUUCUGCAAGAAUGCCAUUACCAUUGAACAAGGGCAAGAGCAUUUGAAGCUGGCCAUUAAAAAGAAGGAACCCAACAGUAAACAAGUGUACAUGCAUCGAUACUACGCUGGUUGUUGUCAUGUCCCACUCAUGAACACCGUCGAUUUCUUGGGGUUUGUCGGUGUCUUUUGCGAUUUCUUGGACGAAAAAGCUGUCGAACAAUGGGAUGGACCCUGUCGCAUGUUUCAAGACGAAGGGUUGGGACAACCCAAUCCACCAUUUCCAGAUGCAUCACCAGCACCAUUUAUUUGGAAAUUGAUCCGGUACUUGCCAUGGAGAAAGUCGGGACCCUUUGACUAUGACCUGACACCCGUCUAUUGGGGAGAUGAUAGUAACGGAGAAAAGAAAGAAGAAAAGAAAAAAGACGAGUAA